GAGGAGAGAAGAGAGAGAGAGAGUCGUCAGGGGUUGUUUUUAUUUAUUGAGGGUGACGAUGAGGCUCUGCCUCGAUGCUCUUGGUGGUGUUGUUGGGGUGUGAGGGAGCGCCUCUCUCUCUUUCUCUCUCUAAGAUAUCUAUCCCUGAGAGCGAUUUCGUGUCUGGGGAAUUGAUUGGUGCCCCUGUGUUCUCUGGUUUGGCUGUCCAAAUCAUCUUGUGGGGAGGAGGAAGUAGGGAUGCGGACGAGGAGGGGGAUGUGCUACCCGAGAGUGAGGUUGGUAGAGGAGAAGAGGGGGGAGGAGAAGAGGAAAAGGGCGGUCUGGCAUCAGGAUAUCCGGCGGAAACGCCGGAGAACGGAGCCGGACGGUGAAAAAAGGGAUAACUUCUUCGACCAACUUCCCGACGACCUCGUCCUCUGCAUCCUCUCGAAGCUCAGCUCCCGGGCGUUGUCGCCGGCGGAUUUCGUCAACGUCCUCCUGACGUGUAAGAGAUUGAACGGGUUGGGAUUGAAUCCGGCGGUGCUGGCGAAGGCUUCCGCCGGGGUUCUGUCCAUUAGGGCGCCCAAGUGGUCGGAAUCAGCUCAUGCGUUCCUGAAGAGGUGCGCAGACGCCGGCAACGUUGAGGCGUGCUUUACCCUCGGCAUGAUACGGUUCUACUGCCUAGAGAAUCGGGGGAGCGGGGCCUCGCUCAUGGCUAAGGCGGCGAUUGCGUCUCACUCGCCCGCGCUCUACUCGCUGGCCGUGAUCCAAUUCAACGGCAGCGGCGGGACCAAGAACGACAAGGACCUCCGCGCGGGUGUCGCGCUCUGUGCUCGCGCUGCCUCCCUUGGCCACAUCGACGCCCUGCGAGAGUUCGGCCACUGCCUCCAGGACGGUUACGGAGUCCGCCAGAACGUCGCCGAGGGCCGCCGUUUCCUCGUUCAGGCCAACGCCAGGGAGCUCGCUUGCGUCCUCUCCGCCUACUGCUCCGGCAGCGGCGCCACCCUCCCGCAACACCACCACCACCACGACCAAAGCCACCAUCCUUCGAGCCCUUCCCGGUUCCGGUACGACCCCACGAGAUUCCGCCCUUGGCUCGCGAGCCUUAUCGAAAGCCGGUGGCAGUCGGCCGGGUGCCCGCUGCUCAGCGACUUCGGGUGCAACGUCCCGCCUCCCGAGUCCCACCCAGCGAACCGGUUCCUGGUAGAGUGGUUCGCCAUCCGGCCGCCGGAGGGCGGCCUCCGGCUGUGCUCCCAUGCUAGCUGCGGCAAGCCCGAGACGAGGAAGCACGAGUUCCGUCGGUGCUCCGUUUGCGGCAACGUGAACUACUGCUCCCGCGCAUGCCAGGCGCUAGACUGGAAGAUUCGCCACAAGCACGAGUGCUUGCCUCUGGGCAGGUGGCACGACGGUGAAGAUGAGGAAGAUGGUGGCGACGAGGAUGAUGAAGACGACGGUGAUGUCGAGGAGGAGGACGAAGAGGAAGAGGACGACGAACUGGACAGAAGAAACGACGAUUUCAAUGGUGAUUCAGGGUCAAUGCAGACCGACGGUGCCAUCACACGGUGAGGAGAGCGAGAGAGAGAAAUGGCAGUGGCUCACAGAUUGUACAGUUCGUUUUUUCCUUUAUUUUUUUCUCUUUCUUUUUCACAUUAGAUGUCUCACGGCAAGAAGAUGAAGUUCGUGUACCAUAGAAUAGAGGGCAAAAACCGGCCAUGGAAAAAGAUAGAAGUUAAAAAUUUGUUUAACCAUUUCAUUAUCUUUGA